AUGCAACGAGUUCGCCCUGGCCUUUCUCUGCUUGGGGCAUGGAGGUCACGACCAAUCGAGCCCGCUGCUUCAAAUGGACAUUGGUUCAUUUUUGUGGCUAUAGACUACUUCACAAAAUGGGUUGAAGCCUCAUCCUAUAAGGCUGUAACUAAAAAGGUUGUAGCAGAUUUUCUUCGGGACCACAUUAUCAAGCAUCAGAACUCUACAACAUACAGGCCACAAAUGAAUGGAGCCGUAGAGGCCUCCAACAAUAACAUCAAUAAGAUAUUAAGGAAAAUAAAGGAAAAUUACAAGCAAUGGCACAAAAAGCUACCGUUUGCUUUGAUCGGGUAUCGCGCCACUGUUCGCACCUCCACUGGGGCAAUCCCUUACCUACUGCUCCAUGGCACCAAGGCCGUUAUCCCUGCCAAAGUCGAAAUUCCUUCCUUAAGGAUCAUACAAGAGGCCGAGCUCAGUGAUACGGAAUGGGUACGAAACUGGUAUGAACAACUAGCUCUCAUUGAUGGUGAAAGAAUUAACGCAACGCGACAUGGUCAACUAUACCUGAACAGACUAGCAAUAGCUUUCAAUAAAAAGGUUAGGUCAAGGCAAUUCACACCGAGGCAAUGGGUGCUGAAACGAAUCUUCCCACAUCAGGAUGAAGCAAAAGGGAAAUUUUCACCUAACUAG